AUGCUUACACAGGCUCCAAGCUCCAUCAUGAGGUCCAGGAACAGCAAGGACCACACCAUGAACUCUGGCGGAUCCUGCCUGAGUACCAGCACGGUGGCCAUCCCCGCCAUCAAUGACAGCAGUGCAGCCAUGAGUGCCUGCAGCACCAUCAGCGCCCGGCCUACAAGCUCCAUGGACACUCAGAUGCACUCCCCAAAGAAGCAGGAGAGAGUGAAGAAGAGGGUCAUCUGGGGCAUUGAGGUGGCCGAGGAGCUGCACUGGAAAGGCUGGGAGCUAGGAAAGGAGACCACAAGGAGUCUGGUUCUGAAAAAUCGAUCCUUGAAACUCCAGAAGAUGAAAUACAGGUACCAGUAUAAAGGAUCAAGGACCCAGUGCCAGAGCAUUGAGCCCUUAAAGCAGGCUCUCUUCAAAACAAAACAAAACAAACAAAAAACCUUCAACAUGCCAUAUAAAAGCCAGUGA